AUGGUGGAGAGAAAGCUCAAAUGGAAGCUGGUGAAGGUUCCAGUUCCCAUUGUUGCAUACAGUGGCAACCUUAGUGUGUUCAGAGUUCUGAGGAAGAGGCUUUCGAUUUGGUGUCUAAGUCUUCCAAUUUUAGAAGAACUUUUGUUUGUAGUGAGAACAAAGGGCGGAAGAAAGAGACUAAAGGUAGCACUGGAGGAACUGGACGGAUCCCCUACUGGAGGGGAGCCAGAUCCCUCGGACUUGGCACAGGCAACACGCCUUUUUGAGGAACAAGAGGAAAUCGUUAAGAGAAGUCACAUUCUUUUCUUUAUUCAGGAGGAACAAGAGGAAAUCGUUAAGAGAAGACCAUAUUCGGAUGCAGGCCUUAAUUUCGACGAGAUUAGACAGAUGAAGUAUCUUAGUAAGGUACUUGAUGAAACACUGCGUGUUAAUAGCCUCAUACCAAUCUUUAGAGUGGCUAAAGCGACUGUUAACUUAAACGGCUACACCAUACCCAAGGGGUGGAAGUUCUUGACAUUCUUAUGGAGUUUUAAUAUGGAUCCUGAGACUUAUGUCAAUCCUAUGGAAUUUAAUCCUUCAAGAUGGGAUGAUAUGGAAACCAAACCAACCUCCUAUUUUCCCUUUGGAGUAGGCCCCAAAAUGUGCCCAGGAUCCAAUGUGGCCAGGCUUUCACUUUCAAUAAUUCUUCAGUACUUUCUACUUAACUACAGGUUUGAGCAGCCUGAUCCAGAUCAGAGCAAAACUAAACCGCUUGAUAAUUGUAUUGGGAGAUUCAAGAAGAUCUCAACAUAAUAUAAAUGACAACUUCAUCAUUAUCCAUUGUUGCAUUGCUCAUGUGAAUCUUAAUUGGCCUUCAGUCAUGUAAUCUUGAAAAUGAUGAGCAUGGGUUUGUAUGGUUAACUUAUUUUUUAUCAAUAAUGAAGUUGCAGUCUGGUCCCCCCUUUGCACCCUCA